AUGCAAAUAUCAAUUUCCGAAUUGGUAUUCUAUUUUCAAACCCAUCCAGAAUUAAUAGAUUUACAUGAAAAUUUACAAGAAUUCCAAAAUGAUUUUAUGGAAACUUCAUCUGAGGAUAUUGAAACAGAAAAUAUUAUUGAGACCAAUGUGAUAGAAGAUUUUGAUGAUGACUUUCAUGAUGAAAUAAAUAAUGAAGUUUUUUCAGAAAUAGAAAUUAAAAAUUUUGAAAAAAUUUACAAUAAUGAACCAAUUGAAGAGUCAGAAAUUAGUGAAUUGGAAGCUGAGAAAGAAAAAUUAAAUAGAAAAAAUGAAGAAGCAAAAAAUUAUAUUAUAAACAUACUUAAAAAAAAAUGUUGUAAUAAAAAAUGUUUAGAAAAAAUUAAUCAAGAAGUUGCUAUUUUACAUUGUCAAAAUUAUAUUAAUUUAACUAAAGAUCAACAGAAUAUGUUUCUUUUGGAAUUAUUUCAACAUCAACCAGAAAUUCAAUAA